AUGUCGCCAAAUACUGCAGAUAGCCUCAUUGCCGCGGUUGCGGAACGACGAUCGGUCUACAAGCUCUCCGGUGAAAGCACCAUCUCCAAGAAAAGGCUCGAGGAGAUCGUCCAGAAAGUCCUCCUAGCUACUCCGUCAGCCUUCAACACCCAAAGCACCCGCAUCAUUGUCUUGCUGGGAGACGAACACCGAAAACUAUGGGACAUCGUCCGUGGCGCCGUGAAACCCCUCGUCGCAGCGGAACAGGCACAGGCAACCGAAGCCAAAAUUGCUGGAUUCCAGGGAGCUUACGGCACGAUCCUCUUUUUCGAGGACCCGAGGCCCUUCGAACCUCUGCAAGCGUUCAAGAUGUAUGCCGAUAAGUUUGCAGGCUGGCGGGAACAGACUAAUGGCAUGCACCAAUUGCUGGUCUGGACGGCGCUGGAAGCAGAGGGGUUGGGAGCAAAUGUGCAACACUAUAAUCCCAUCAUCGACGAGAAGGUGCAGGAGACGUGGGCCGAGAAAAUCCCCCCUCAGUGGCAACUGCUGUCGCAGAUGGUCAUCGGGAAGCCAGUAGGAGACCUGCCGUCAGCGAAGGAAAAGAAGCCUCUUGAGGAGAGAUUGGCCAUUAUCGGAUGA